GAAGCUCAAUAAAAUCUAUUACAAUGUGAAGUCUGCCCUCAGUCUGGCUCUAAAGUGUUACAUAAAUGCACCAAUGGAAGAAGAGAUUAAUUACAGUGAAGUCAUUUUCAAAAACAGUGGACAACGUCCCAGAGCAAAAAAGGAGGAACAAGUAAUAUAUUCUGAAGUGAACAUUAAAGCACCUGCAUCUCAGGAAAGUACGCCUCCACGAGGGGCUACGAACGUGCGGCCCUUUCGUCUUCUGGCUGUAAGCACUGUGACACUGUGCAUCCUUCUGCUGGCGGCCAUCGCCCUCAUCAUCUACUUUGUGGUGAUGAUGGACCAACAGAGGGCCGACCUGAGUGACAUCUCAGCCAAAAACCAGCAGCUGAUCACAGAGAGAAACAUCCUGGAAAAUACAACACAGGAGCUGAUCAGACAGAAGAGCAUUUUAGAGAAUAAGACAAGUGAGCUGAGAAGAAACAGGGACAGUCUCAUGUGGACGAUGGAACAAAUAAAGAAAUUCAAAAACUUUCCAGUAAACAAGUUCUGCCUAAAACAAGGGUGUCAGCCAUGCCUGACUGGAUGGAUACAGUUCCAGGAGAAGUGUUACUUUUUCUAUAACCAAUCAAGAGGUUGGAAGACUUGGACACAAAGUCAAACAUACUGCAAGGACAGUGGUUCUGACCUCGUUGUCAUUGAAACUCUACAAGAACAGGAAUUCAUCAGUAAGAACAUACACACCUACCACGAUAAAUAUCAUGGAUUCUGGAUUGGAUUAAAACAAGAUUCCGACCAAAACUGGAUCUGGGUUAAUGGACGUAAAGACACUCUAGGGUUCUGGCUGGAUGAAGACUUAGGCAAGUCCGGUCCAUAUGCACACAUGAUCCCAGGGAGGCCUCUAAAUGCCAGCUGGGACACAUCAGAUAAUCCCUUUGAACUCAAAUUUAUCUGUGAGAGUGAACUCAUGAUAAAAUCCUUUUAGUCAGUUCUGUGUUUAUGCUUCUUGCUUUAAUAUAAUAUGCAUGUCUUGCCAGAGCAUAAAGAUCUUUAAGAGUAAAAGUUUGCAAAGGUUGUAUUAUUUGAGGUGAAGAUUGUGAAAGAUGGUUCAAAUUACUCAGUAGUGAAGAAACAUUCUGACUGUUAUUAUAUAAUCUAUAUUUUGUACAUUUUCUUCAGGUCAGUGAGAUUAGAUUUUCGAUUUGUUAAGACUAUCAGAACACUUUUAAAACAAAACAGUUUAUUUUUCAGUCCCGCAGUGUAAUAUUACAUGACAUCCACGUCACUGUUUCCUCAAAUAACUUCAAUACAAGUUAAUAAUCUACAGCAAACAUUUGUAAACUGACAUUACUCACAUAAGUAAAUAAAGUCAGCUGCUGUGGUCGGCUUGUUGCACAUUGUAUAUCAAAUUGUGGAAAUUUCUGUUUUCUGCUGAUAGAUUAAAUGUGCCAAUAAGGUGUUGUUUCACAUCACACUCUCAGUUCCAAUGUGAAUAUUGUUAUAUUACGUAAUAUUAUUAUUAUUUAGGUGGUUCCACACAGUUGUGAUAUUCCAAACUCUACACAGCAGGGGGAGGUCACGUACCAGUACUCACUUAUGACCAAAACCACCAAUGAAUCAACAUAUCCACAUGUAAAAAGGUCAAUUAUUUCGCAGCAGUGUGGGUAUGCAAAUUAUAUUGUGUAUUAUUUGUUGUUAUAAUUACGCAAAAUCUGUUCAUUUUAUUUUCAUUUGUUUUGGUUAAUGCCUGACUUUAUGGGCCUACGAGUCAGUAUGUGGAACUUUUAAUGUGGGUCUGUUCCCCAAUGAGUAAUUUACAGUGUGACACUGCCCACUAUAACUGCAGUUUUCACGCCUUUUUCCUCUUCCCUUUUGUUCCUGAUCUCUAUGGGAGAGGUAAGCAGCCAUACAGUCGGGAGAAAUUUCUGGUUUAGCCUCUGCUAUUUUCAUUUUUAAAUGAACUGGCUAGUUCAAAGUGUAUGAGGUGCUGAAACACAUUUUUGUAUCGUUUGGUUUGUCUAGGAGCAUGUUUUAUGGGGGUCGCUGACCAGAGGUUUUUCUGUCUAUACUACUUUUGUUAAGUAUGCUGUAUUUUGUUUUAAUAAUUUAAUGUAUUAUCUCCCUUUUGUUCUUGAUCUCUAUGGGAGAGGGGCAUGUUUUAUGGGGCUCGCUGACUGGAGGUUUUUCUGUUCGUACUACUUUUGUCAUGAGCCGAAAAACAAUAAACAGAGA